AUGGCAAGGGCGUAUACCCCCGACGAGCUGGCAGCCGCCGAAGGCUUGCUUCUUCUGUGGGCGAGCCGACGCGUCACAGCCACCUCACGCGACGUCCAAGGAGCUGCGAGCAAUAAUCACGGGGUGAACAGCCAUGAAGAUACCGAGCACAGUCAGCAGCAUGAGGAUAUGCAGACUUUCCGCGGCCACGAUGUGGAUAUGCCGCCACCCUCUCGUCCCCAGAGUCAACCUCGUCCUCCUGUGAGCGCUGCUCAUAGACUCGAGCCAAUCGGUACCUCUAAUAAUCGAGUGAUCAACCCUCCUAUUCCAGUGGUCUUGUUUCAUCAAGGGCCUCAUCUAAGCACAGCUCGUACUGCCACGCAGAACAGCAUUCCUGGGCUGCGAGCAAACAUCCCCCCGUUCCACGAAGAGGGCUCUCCGCAGUAUGCUCACGACCAGGAACAGCGUCAGAUCACACGCUUGAUGAUUCUGCGCCAUGUUAUGAACAACAGACCCCCUGGCAGAGCCGAAAUUGCGCGGCAGAACACCAUGCAGCGCUUCCCACCGCGUGGCAGCCGCCUGGAUUGUGAGCAGACGUCCCGGCUCGGUAGAGUCCCAGGUGCUGCUCGAGACCGCGCGAAUCGCUUGCCUCCACGCUUCUUGCCUACGAGAGACCCCAGACCCGCUGACUCGCGCCAUGUAUCGGCGGGCAGCCGCAAUCCGGGACACAAUGGAUCAACUCAACAUGACGUGCAGACCAACGCCGCCCCUCAUGAUGCCUCGGGUCGAACCGCCAAUUCAACCACCGAUGUCAACGGCUCAGCUGCAGUCUCUUCUCAUCAAGAGCAAAGCACCGCAGACUCCCAGCCUGGUAUGUCGCUGCAGAAGUAUCUGAUCCGGCAGCAGAUGAUCGCGGGCGUACAGCCAGAGGAGAUCGCACCCAUCCGUCCUCAGGCGAUGGUGAACAACCCUUCAGCUCCUGUUGUAUUGCAGGUCAGAAACGACGCUGUCGCCGUGCCUAGGAUCCCACCUGCGCAGUUCAGCGGACCACUUCAGCCUCUCCGGAUCGUGCCACGCGGGGUUUCUGGAUCUGUCAAUGGACCGGUGACCAGGGACACUGCACUACACAGUCAUCCUGUGAACCAGGACCCCGAGCCCAAGUCUGAAGACGACAAGUCUGCGGCUGCCAACAAUGAACCUCAACCUCAACCUCAGACCCCGCAGCGUCCAGCAAAUUCUCGCUAUCUCACACGCUCUGUCACACGGCGUACCCGGGACCAGAACAGCCUGGACACCUCUACGCCUGAGUCUCAAGCACCAGCAUCAGCGGUGGUCAAAUCCGAGGAUGACACCAACCCAGCCGCUCAUCCACCCCGUCUCCAGCCCAACAUCUCAGCCCCAGAUAGCAACAACAACAACAACACCAACACCAACAUACUCUGGGCCCAAGAACAAACCACAGAGGAAGCGCCCCGCCGCCCCUCCACCAUCGCCCUCACCAUCCCGCACAACAACUUCGACCUCCUGGCCGCCCUCUCCACCCACCCCGAACUCACCGUAAUGAUCACGGACCUCCUGCACCCAGAGGACAUCCUAACCCUCCUCACCACCUCGCGCCCCCUCCACCAAACCCUGCACCACAACCUCCCCACAAUCACAACCCACCACCUCCACCACCUCAACGCCACCACCCACCCACCAAACAUAUCAGACACCUUCCCCCUCAUCUGCUACCCACGCCUCUACACCCAACCCCAACCCCAACCCCCGACCCCCAAACUAACCUACCUCCUAAUGCUCACCUCCCGCACCACCACCAUCAACCGCAUCCUCACCACCCUCCAGACAGCCCACAUCUUCCUCCCCGCCGGCACGGCCCUCGUCCUCCGCAAGAUCUGGUUCCUGAUGGACGUCCCCGACAACCACCGGCGGGAGUGGACGGUCCGCAACCGCAAUCUGUGGUCGGAUCUAGAUCUGUUCCUGGGCGUGUUUCUCAUGGUCCAGGUCGAUGCGUUUCUGGCGGAGGUGAAGGGGGUGAAGCGGUGUACGGUCAUGCGGCAGUUGUGUCUUGCGCAGCGCUCGUUGGCAGGGUUGGCGGAUUAUCUCGGGGGAAAGGUUUGGGGGGAUGAGAUGGGGGCGGAGGUUGAGCGGGCGUUGCGGAGAUGGAUGGGGAUUAGCUCUUCGUCUGAUGCUGGUGCUUCUGCUGCUGAUAAAGAAGAGAAAAACGAAGCUAUCGGUGAUGGAAUCCCUGGACCCGCUGUCCCCAGCGACCCGGAACCCACUACACCCACCACCGCAGCCACCGCAGCCACCACCACCACCACCACCACCACCCCAAAUCCAACCGGAGAAGAGCCCGGCGCCCUGCAGUACGAAUACUACGGAAGGAAGAACGCCCCCACCAAAAUCAAACUGCUGCGCCCCGACGAGUGGAUCAUGCGCGAGAUCCUGCACCGCGGCUUGGACCUGCAGAAGAUGUACAAGCUGGUGUUUGCUGAGGGAAGGCGCGAGCAGUUCGAGACCCCCGGUGUCGCGGGCCAGAGGGUCACUUGGGAUGAGCAGAUGCGGUUGGCGACGCUCAGGAGCCAGGUCGAUUGGAUGGAGGUCGUGAGGUUGGAUCGUUGA